AAACUUAUCUUCAGACACUGAGUUGUUUAGGAUUCUUUAGAGAUGCUCCUCAGUUCAGUUAGAUAAUCUAACACCACAGUUUUAGAAAUGCUGCUCCACUCAAAUACUUCGACUCCUCUUCAUAUUUACUCAUCUGGGUCUCAAAAUUCUCUUGUAAAUUUGAUCUUUGGCACCCAUAAAUAUCCACUUGCUGAAUUUCAAAGCUAUGGAUCAGCUCUGCCAAGAAUACCCAACAAGCCCAAGUUCAAAAACCACAAAAUCUCGCUUCAGAUAUAUGGAAGAAGAUUUCCUGUACUACCACUUAUGCCCUCGAAGAGAUCUGAAGACUCCCUUUUGGUCGAUGAAGAUAUCAUGAAUUUAAAAGGACAACUAUUAGGCAUCUCUGCUUUCUCGUGUGGAUCAGUUUCAUGGUUAGCAACUGCACAAGCGGCACAAGCAAGUGGAUAUGCCCAGAUAGAUCCUGUUUAUGAGAUUGGGGAGUUAUUUGAAUUGGGGAUCCAACUCUCCUAUGUGCUUUCAUUGCUAGGCUUGCUUGGGGUUGGGACUUUUUUUGUAAUUCGUCAAGUUCUUGUUCGUAGAGAGCUCGACCUUUCAGCAAAAGAAUUGCAGGAACAAGUAAGAAGUGGUGACGCUAGUGCGACGGAAUUAUUUGAACUUGGAGCAGUGAUGUUAAGGAGAAAAGUCUACCCUGCUGCUACUAAAUUCUUGCUUCAGGCAAUUGAAAAAUGGGAUGGAGAUGAUCAGGAUCUUGCACAAGUUUAUAAUGCUCUUGGCGUGAGUUACACUCGGGAUGGGAAAGUUGACAAAGGCAUUGCUCAGUUUGAAACUGCCGUGAGGAUCCAACCAGGCUAUGUUACGGCUUGGAACAACCUGGGUGAUGCAUAUGAGACCAAAAAAGAAUAUACACCUGCUUUGAAGGCAUUUGAAGAAGUCUUGCUAUUUGAUCCUAACAACACUAUAGCACGGCCAAGGCGAGAUGCAUUGAAGGAAAAAGUUCAGAUGUACAAAGGAGUUCCUAUUAAAUCAAAGAAGAAAGGAUAGCAUCUUGUGUAUCAUAUGUGUCUUUAGGUAAGUUCUUAAUUUUUUAUAUUUGUACUUCCAAAACAUUUUGGUCUGACCUCGAGUCAGUGGUAUAUUAACUGCAAACUCAUCUGGGUGAUUUUGCCGGGAUCUAAAAGGGUGAUAUAUUAGAGCUCAAGUAUCUUGAUAUGGGUAUUGAAAUGAAAAUUUUAUUUUUGGCUA